AAAAAAUAAUUUUCAAAAAAUGGAGACCACUACUUAUAUGCCUUGGGAUGAUGCGAUAACAAAAAAGUUUCUAGCCUACCUAGUAACAGAUGAAAUGGUAUGGUUCCAAGGCCAUAAGAUCACAAAAAAACCAUGCUUGUCAUGGAACACCUGAGAGGGAUAGGAUCCAGGCUAUCAGAUGAAUUCUUUGAGUAUGAUACCUCAGCCCUUUGUCUGAGGAGAAAGCUCAAGAACUUUCGUGACCAGCUUAAUAGAAUUAAGCUGGGCAAAAGGUCAGGAGCUGAUGGAACCAAGCUGAACUACAAAUGGUAUGAAUAUAUAAAAUUCAUGGAGCCUACAAUUAUAGACAGAUCUACAACUAGCAAUUUUGAUACUAGUGAGAGUAUCAGAAGUGUGGCUAAAUCUUCUAGUAAAAAGUUAGAGGACGAAUUAUUAGACUUAAUAAAAGCUCCUCCAUCUUCAAAUAAAUUGUUCCUAUUAUCUAUGGAGGAAGGUCUUAACAAAUUCAACUAUACUACUCAAUUAUUAUUUAAAUCCAAUGUAUACAAAUACUUUUGUGAAUUAUCAAUGAAUGAACUACAAACAAAUGAACCAAUACAAAAUAAUAAUGAAACUGCUUUAGAUAUUUUAACUAGCAUUAUAGAAUAA